AUGCGAUUACUCGAGCAGCGUAUUGCUCAACUUGAGGCUGUGAUCGAGAAGGGUGUGACAAACCCCGCAGAAAAGAGUGACGAGUCGAAGACUGAUACUAUUGACAAGAAGAUCGAGUCGGAGGAGCCGUUGAAAGAUAAGAGUGAGGAGGAAAGUGCAACUGCUGGCGCUGAAGCGAGCAAGUCAGAUGAGAGCAAGACCAAUGGAGACAUAACGAAGACUUCUGAGAAACAGAGCGGGAACAGCAAAGAUGAGGUUACGAAAGGCGAAGAAAAGAAGGCCGAAGACAGCAAUGCCGAUGAUGGUAGCCGCGUGCGCAGUGUCAUAUCCAAGUGGAACGAGGUCACUAACGAUUAUGAAACCCUGAAAGCGGGUAAUGUUGACUCCAAGGAAGACAAAAGUCAGACGAAAGUGACAACAUUCCGAAAAGUCAUGGACCGCGACAACGAGAGAAAGCUGAAGCACGAAGCCAUAGAGAUCAAGUCAGCAGAACUCCGCAAGCUAUUCCUAGAAUGUAGCCGACAUCGAGACCCUGUCAAUUUUCAGCAUGAUGAAAAGCUUGAGCUGAAGUCGCCAUUCCUGGACUUCGCCUGGUACCACGAUGACUUUUUGAAGGCCUGCGAGCCCCGUGAAUCAGACUCACCAGCACGAGCAGAGGCUCGAGAGGACUUGAAGCAACUACUGGGCCUUGUCAAAAAGUCAUCGUCAAUGGAGCCGUAUUUCAAGACUCGUGAAAAUAUCGAGAAUGCGGGAACGAUCAAGUACGAGCACCUUUGGAGUCUUUUCCCUAUGGGGGAGCGAGUCUACGCAAAACCGCUGGCCCCAACAUUUCCAGAUAUCCAAAUGUUUGAAGUGUGGUAUUGCGCCACAACUCCACCUGAGUCGCAUGAGAUUCCGCACAAGCCCAAGACAACAAAGCUCUACUUGUUCGGCUUCGACUGCGAUGGCGUUAAAGUCGAUCGAUACUAUUACACAAUGGAAAUCAAAAAGUUCGAAGGAGAACGAUCAAUAGACAUGCUUGAAAUUUUCCCCACCCGCUUCUAUCGCAACUCAGAUCGACAGCGGGACGAUAGUGCUCUGCAGCAGGAAUUACUUGAUCGCGGACGCCGGUUCAUUGAGCUAGCUGUAGCGGAUACAAAGGAGAGCCAGCGAUCCUAUUAUGGCACCGCCAUUACACAGGUCAACGCCCAGUCAGCUUUUGCUGGCAUGGCAUCUGGUCGCGAUGACACCGAAACAGCCGCAUCACAUUCAGACGACGAGGAAGACAACAAGAUAGGCAUCAAAUCAUUGACGCCAGACAUCAGAGGGAAGAUCAUAGUCGACAACUAUUCAUUCCAGCGAUCGAAGAGGAAUCCAGUGGCAUACAUGAAUCCUCCUCUUGGCCGUGUUGACGGCUGGGCGCUCCUCGAGCUCGAUUGUGCAUGCCGCGCUUGUCAAAGCAGUGUCGCGCUGCAGUGGAAAGUCCAGCCCACGGACGAUCUUCGACACCAAGUAGAGUCGUUCCAGGAAAGUGAAGAACGACUGAGAAUGUGCCCACCCAAAGUGCUUGGGUACGCACUCAGGCAACGAUUGUGGGCACAGUUCCGGAUCAAAGAUAUUAGCAACUCUGAGAACAGCGCAGAAAGCGGGCACUACUUUCAGAAAGAGCUACAACUGGACUCCAAGUACAAGGAAACUCUGAUGGCUUUCAUCACUAAUCAUGAGUCGUCUAGGAAGCGGCGGAGUCAACCGAACAGCAGACAUUCGAUGCCAGAGACGUUCGACAUCGUCGAAGACAAGGGCAAGGGCUUGGCGAUACUGCUUCACGGAGCCCCAGGGGUGGGCAAGACUUUGACUGCUGAGGCCAUUGCCCUUGCCACAGGCCGUCCACUUGUUGUGGUCUCGGUGGCAGAAGUUGGCACCGAUGCCGCAGAUGCAGAAGCACGUCUCAGCGACAUCUUCAGCGACGCCGCCCGCUGGGAAGCAAUACUCCUGAUGGAUGAAGCCGACGUCUUUCUUGAGGCACGCGAACGAACGGAGAACCCGAAUCGCAAUGCCCUCGUCAGCGUUCUCCUUCGCUGCCUGGAGUACUACGAGGGCAUCAUCAUCCUCACGACGAAUCGAAUCCGUUCGUUUGAUGUUGCGGUACAAUCUCGCAUGCAUCUCGCUAUCCAAUAUGACGACCUCAGCACCGAGCAAAAGUCCGCCAUCUAUCGCAAUCUGAUAGACAAGAUUCCCAAGUCAAAACUCGAUCGCGAACUCAAAGAGCCCAAGAAGCUCGAAAGGAACCUGGAAAUAUUGUGCAGAAGAGGCAAGAUCAAUGGACGUCAGAUACGAAACAUUGUAGCGAGUGCCAUGGCUUUGGCAAAUCACAGGAGUGAUAACGAGGAGAAGUUGAAGGGAGUUUUGACAUUCGACGAUUUGGAAGCCGUGCACGAGAUGACGAUGGACUUCGUAACGACGCUCAGUGAAGAUACCUGGAAGACGCGGAAGUUCAAUGAGGCUGGGAGGUAGGGA